GGGGGCCGGGGGUCGGGGGUCGGGGGCUGGGGGCUGAGGACUGAGUCGAGCCAGCAGCCCAGGGCAUCUGUCCACGCUGUCGGAGGAGCCUCUGGGCGUGGGGCUGGCCCUUAGAGGGCUACUGCGCUGCUUAACUUGAUUGGCUGGGAAUAAUGAUAGAACAUGACCUACCAUCAGGCCCCUUGUGGAUCAAAUACAGACUACGCCAAAUGAAAGCCACUGGUGAGAACUGAAAAUAGAAUUGUAAAUGGAGAGAGGGCAACUAAUUAGGAAUGUGCCUGGUCAACAGAGAAAUAGACGGAAGAUGAGAGACUGCUUAGGCGCCACCACUAGUACCAUGAGUCCCUGCACUGGUUAAAGCCAUCGCCACAACCUGGACAGGCAGCAAGGUAAGCAGGGAGGCCAGUCCAGGCGAGCUCCUGGGAUGUGAGUGCAUUUCCGCCCCAACUGCUGCCCGGAAAAAUCCCAAGUGCACAAACAAGUCAAGGCAGCGCAUCAGGGUCCCUCCUACCCGAGCUCCAGGACCCAGAGGAAGGGCUGGCUUCCCCUUCAAGCGCUUCAGCUAGCUCCCUGCCCCCUGGCAGGGAUUCUUCCAAGUUAUAAAAAAUGAGAAACUGGAGGGGAAGAAAACAAGUCCACUCACUGUCUUCUCCCUUCUCCCCUCUGAGCUGUUCAAGCAAGUUCCCAGGAGCAGUUCAGAGCCCCUGUUGGACUGGAAGGGAGGUAGGAGGAGUGGAAUGCAUGCAAAAACCGAGCUGAUCAAAAGACAGUGCUGUUUCAUGGAAAUCUCCCAGAACUGAAAGAGAGAGAGAGAGAGAGAGACAGUGAGAAAGAAAGAAAAAGAGAGCGCCCUUGUGCACGCGCUAGGCCAAGAGCGCGCCGCUGUGCGCGCGCCCGCCUAGCGAGGACAGGGUCUCCAUGACAACUGGCCUGGCCGGCUAGCAGUGCUCUGCUCACUUGGCUGCGAGGAUCGCCACGAAAGGUCAGAGGAAGGAGCUGUGGGAAGCUCGCAGCAGGUAUCGGAGCUUAAGCCAGUGGAUUUGGGGGCCCUGGGCUCCCUAGCCGGCUGCGGUGUGAGAAUGGAGUGGGCAGGAGAGCAGCGGGACUUUCAGGGCUCUGGGUUUGCAGAGAGCCGAAAUGACCAUGACUGCCAACAAGAAUUCCAGCAUCACCCACGGAGCUGGAGGCACUAAGGCCCCUCGGGGGACUCUGAGCAGGUCUCAGUCAGUCUCUCCACCUCCAGUUCUCUCCCCACCAAGGAGUCCCAUCUACCCGCUCAGUGAUAGUGAAACCUCAGCCUGCAGGUACCCCAGCCACUCCAGCUCCCGGGUGCUCCUCAAGGACCGGCACCCCCCAGCUCCUUCACCCCAGAAUCCUCAAGAUCCCUCCCCAGAUACUUCCCCACCCACCUGUCCCUUCAAGACCGCCAGCUUCGGUUAUUUGGACAGAAGCCCUUCGGCGUGCAAGAGAGAAGCCCAAAAGGAAAGUGUCCAAGGCGCAGCCCAGGAUGUAGCAGGGGUAGCUGCCUGCCUCCCCCUUGCCCAGAGCACGCCAUUCCCGGGGGCAGCAGCUGGCCCCCGGGGCGUCUUGCUGACCCGUACCGGUACCCGCGCCCACAGCCUGGGCAUCCGGGAGAAGAUAUCAGCAUGGGAAGGUCGCCGAGAGGCGUCGCCCAGGAUGAGCAUGUGUGGAGAGAAGCGGGAGGGCUCUGGGAGCGAGUGGGCGGCCAGUGAGGGCUGCCCCAGCCUGGGCUGUCCCAGCGUGGUGCCGUCCCCCUGCAGCUCUGAAAAGACCUUUGAUUUCAAGGGCCUCCGGAGGAUGAGCAGGACCUUCUCCGAGUGUUCCUACCCAGAGACUGAGGAGGAGGGAGAGGCGCUCCCUGUCCGGGACUCUUUAUACCGGCUGGAGAAACGGCUGGGCCGGAGUGAGCCCAGCGCCUUCCUCAGGGGGCAUGGCAGCAGGAAGGAGAGCUCAGCAGUGCUGAGCCGGAUCCAGAAAAUUGAACAGGCCCUGAAGGAGCAGCCAGGCCGGGGGCUCCCCCAGCUCCCCAGCAGCUGCUACAGCGUGGACCGGGGGAAAAGGAAGACUGGAACCUUGGGCUCCUUGGAGGAGCCGGCAGGGGGCGCGAGUGUGAGCGCUGGCAGCCGGGCAGUCGGAGUGGCUGGUGUUGCGGGGGAGGCGGGCCCACCCCCAGAGAGGGAAGGCAGUCGUUCCACUAAGCCCGGGACCCCUGGAAAUAGCCCUAGCUCCCAGCGGCUGCCAUCGAAGAGUUCCCUCGAUCCCGCUGUGAACCCUGUCCCCAAACCCAAGCGCACCUUUGAAUACGAGGCUGACAAGAACCCCAAGAGUAAGCCCAGUAAUGGUCUACCUCCUUCACCCACACCUGCUGCUCCACCCCCCUUGCCCUCCACCCCAGCCCCGCCAGUCACCCGGAGACCCAAGAAGGACAUGCGUGGUCACCGCAAGUCCCAGAGCAGAAAAUCCUUUGAGUUUGAGGAUGCAUCCAGUCUCCAGUCCCUGUACCCCUCUUCUCCCACUGAGAAUGGUACUGAGAACCAACCCAAGUUUGGAUCCAAAAGCACUUUAGAAGAAAAUGCCUAUGAAGAUAUUGUGGGAGAUCUGCCCAAGGAGAAUCCAUAUGAGGAUGUGGACUUAAAGAGCCGAAGAGCAGGACGAAAAUCCCAGCAACUGUCUGAGAACUCCUUGGACUCUUUGCACAGGAUGUGGAGUCCUCAGGACAGGAAGUACAACAGCCCGCCCACACAGCUUUCCCUGAAACCCAACAGCCAGUCCCUGCGCAGUGGGAACUGGUCAGAAAGGAAGAGCCACCGGCUGCCACGAUUACCCAAGAGGCACAGCCAUGACGACAUGCUGCUGCUGGCUCAGCUGAGUCUGCCAUCCUCACCCUCCAGCCUCAAUGAAGACAGCCUCAGCACCACCAGCGAGCUGCUGUCCAGCCGCCGGGCCCGCCGCAUUCCCAAGCUUGUCCAAAGAAUUAACUCCAUCUACAAUGCCAAGAGAGGAAAGAAGAGAUUAAAAAAGUUGUCUAUGUCCAGCAUUGAAACAGCAUCACUGAGAGAUGAAAACAGUGAGAGCGAGAGCGACUCUGAUGACAGGUUCAAAGCCCACACACAGCGCCUGGUCCACAUCCAGUCGAUGCUGAAGCGCGCCCCCAGCUAUCGCACGCUGGAGCUGGAGCUGCUGGAGUGGCAGGAGCGGGAGCUUUUUGAGUACUUUGUGGUGGUGUCCCUCAAGAAGAAGCCAUCGCGAAACACCUACCUCCCCGAAGUCUCCUACCAGUUUCCCAAGCUGGACCGACCCACCAAGCAGAUGCGAGAGGCAGAGGAAAGGCUCAAAGCCAUUCCCCAGUUUUGCUUCCCUGAUGCCAAGGACUGGCUUCCUGUGUCAGAGUAUAGCAGUGAGACCUUUUCUUUCAUGCUGACUGGGGAAGAUGGCAGCAGACGCUUUGGCUACUGCAGGCGCUUACUGCCAAGUGGGAAAGGGCCCCGGUUGCCAGAGGUGUACUGUGUCAUCAGCCGCCUUGGCUGCUUCGGCUUGUUUUCCAAGGUCCUAGAUGAGGUGGAGCGCCGGCGUGGGAUCUCCGCUGCAUUGGUCUAUCCUUUCAUGAGAAGUCUCAUGGAGUCGCCCUUCCCAGCCCCAGGGAAGACCAUCAAAGUGAAGACAUUCCUGCCAGGUGCUGGCAAUGAGGUGUUAGAGCUGCGGCGGCCCAUGGACUCAAGGCUGGAGCACGUGGACUUUGAGUGCCUUUUUACCUGCCUCAGUGUGCGCCAGCUCAUCCGAAUCUUUGCCUCACUGCUGCUGGAGCGCCGGGUCAUUUUUGUGGCAGAUAAGCUCAGUACCCUCUCCAGCUGCUCCCACGCGGUGGUGGCCUUGCUCUACCCCUUCUCCUGGCAGCACACCUUCAUUCCUGUCCUCCCGGCCUCCAUGAUUGACAUCGUCUGCUGUCCCACCCCCUUCCUGGUUGGCCUGCUCUCCAGCUCCCUCCCCAAACUGAAGGAGCUGCCUGUGGAGGAGGCGCUGAUGGUGAAUCUGGGAUCUGACCGAUUCAUCCGACAGAUGGACGACGAGGACACGUUGUUACCUAGGAAGUUACAGGCAGCUCUGGAGCAGGCUCUGGAGAGGAAGAAUGAGCUGAUCUCCCAGGACUCUGACAGCGACUCCGACGAUGAAUGUAAUACCCUCAAUGGGCUGGUGUCGGAGGUGUUUAUCCGGUUCUUUGUGGAGACCGUUGGGCACUACUCCCUCUUUCUGACACAGAGUGAGAAGGGAGAGAGGGCCUUUCAGCGAGAGGCCUUCCGCAAAUCUGUGGCCUCCAAAAGCAUCCGCCGCUUUCUUGAGGUUUUUAUGGAGUCUCAGAUGUUUGCUGGCUUCAUCCAAGACAGGGAGCUAAGAAAGUGUCGGGCAAAGGGCCUUUUUGAGCAGCGAGUGGAGCAGUACUUAGAAGAACUCCCAGACACUGAGCAGAGUGGAAUGAAUAAGUUUCUCCGAGGUUUGGGCAACAAAAUGAAGUUUCUCCACAAGAAGAAUUAAGCCUCCUUCUCAGUAGCAGAGUCCAGUGCCUUGCAGAGCCUGAAGCCUGGGGAGAAGGCCCAGCCUGGGACCCUCUGGGCUGCUGUGGCUCCUCUGCCCCCACAGAUCCCAUCCUCCAAGCCAGCCCACCUCUGCCUUCAUCAUAUCCCAGGAUACUGUUUGUAAAUAAUCUGCUGUAAGCUUUCUUAACUGUUUUUUGUAACAAGCAAAGAGAAUAUGGCAAAUAUUUGUAUAUUCCCAAGGGGCCGGGUGCUUUCCUGUCCUGCCAGAGCAUGGAUGAAGUUUUGCUGGGUGCUCGUGACUGGCCAGUUUUGUGCAGCUGACUGUCUCAGCCAAACCACUGAUCUUCCCUGGAGGCCUUCGGCCUGCCUGCCUGCCUGAGGUCCCCGCUGCCAGUCCCGGGCCCUGGAGAGCAGAUGCUGUCUUGUUAUGUACAGGAGGACCUUUUAAAAAAAUCAAGUUUCUAUUUUUUUCUGGUAGUCCGCAUACCCAUACCCUCUGUUUUUGAAAGGCAAAGGCCAAUCAGUCCCCAUUUGUAGCAUGGCACCAGGGUCUUAGGCCUAGUCCUCUCAUUCCUCCCACCCUCCAAGAUGGUCAGUGUGUCAUGGGAAGCCCACCCCCAGCUCUGCCAGUGCUCUCUGGGCCUGGCUCCCAGUCAGUGGUGGCCACGAUGCGGUACAGGGCAUCCCUCCUUCCCAUCUACGGGUGUUCUCAAUAAACAAUGUACAGUUGUUUGGGCCCAGA